AUGUCCACUCAGGAGACAGCAAAGACCCUCUACUUGGUCGCCGAAGGGACGAAGUAUGCCUACCGUCUCAUUGGCAACUCGAGCAAUUCCCAACCACCCCUUCUGAUGCUCAACCACGUUCGAUCAACCAUCGAUACGUGGGACCCUGAGCUUGUCAAUAACUUGACCAGAACGGGCCGCCAGCUCAUUACGUACGACUACGCUGGCCUUGGCCACAGUCAAGGUGCCAUUGCUCCGAGCAUCAAGGUCUUUGCGCUCAAUCUCUUGGCUUUCCUCAACGUGUUGUUUCCAACCCUGUCUAUCAAGCAAGUUGAUGUGCUUGGCUUUUCCAUGGGUGGUUAUAUCGCUCAGCAGCUCACCCUUGACGCUCCGGAUCUCGUUCGAAAGCUGGUUCUCGCUGGUACAGGCCCCAGUCUUGGCCCUGGCUUGGUCCGCCCCAUGAAUGAGGUCCAAUCAACCGUCUUCAAUCCUACCCCUGGAGUACCUACCAUUGAGGCAUUCUUCCCUUCAUUCACCACUGGCGAGGAAGGUGCGGAAUGGUUCAAGCGAAGCACAGGUUCACGAAGCGGUGUUGCAGGCAAGGACGGGGAACCUGAGAUCGCUCAAUUCACCACCGGCGAAGAUCUUAUCAAGCUUACUCAGGCCUACCUGACCUGGGAUGCCGAUCCGGUCCCCUAUGCUCUUCUGCAAACCAUCCAGAAAGACGCCCUCGUUACCAACGGUGACAACGAUCUCAUCGUGCCGACGCAAAACUCAUUCGUUCUGGCUAGGCAGCUUCCCCGUGCCCAUUUUGUCAUGUUUCCCAGCAGCGGGCACGGGCAUCUCUUCCAGUAUGCCGGUUAUUAUGCAAAGCUUGUCGGGGAAUUUCUCAAUGGGGUGAUCCCAAGUGUCCGCUUCUCAGCUGGUAAAGCUCCAAUCCCUGGAUCGUUUGGAAAUAUCAACUAG